AAGAGCUUUGGUGAGCUGGCUCAAACAGAACUCUGGGGGUCCCAAGAGCUUUCGGGUAUGCAAAAGAGGAAGGAGUGAUUGGUCUCGACUUAAGCAUAUCCCUCCCACCCGCCACGGUCAAGAACCAGGGUGCACAACGCAGUCAUCUCCACUGGAGGGGCGCUAAUGAAGACAGGAUGACAGGCGAGGAAAGGAACUACAACUCCCAGCAUGCAGCGCGCAGCGCGGUUCCCGGAGAGGCCGGCUGUGCACUCGAACCCGAUCUCCAUCCAGAAUCUGGGCCGAUAGCUGCCGGCUGACAAGGCGAGCAGCUAGCACAGGAUGUGAGUGAGCACUGAGGUGUGAUCCGGAGACCCGGGCAUUCCGGGAAGUCAGGGCUCCGAGCUCCAGCUCGCCGGCCCCAGUGGACAUCUAGAGUCCCGUCGCCGGUGACCCAAGGGACCACACAUCCGGACGUGACGCUACCGCAGAGGAGGAAGGGAGAGGCGGAGCAUCGCGGUGACGUCCUCCCAAGAUGGCGGUGAGAGAGUGAAGAAACCGUUUCCCUUGGGCGGCUACGGAUGAAGGGUGAAAUUCCAUUCUGAUAUCAAAAUGCAGUAUUCACACCACUGUGAGCACCUUUUAGAGAGACUGAAUAAACAACGGGAAGCGGGAUUUCUUUGUGACUGUACCAUAGUGAUUGGAGAAUUCCAGUUUAAGGCGCAUAGGAAUGUGCUUGCCUCCUUUAGUGAGUAUUUUGGUGCAAUCUACCGAAGCACUUCUGACAACAAUGUUUUUCUUGAUCAGAGUCAGGUGAAGGCUGACGGAUUUCAGAAACUGUUGGAAUUUAUAUAUACAGGAACUUUAAAUCUCGACAGUUGGAAUGUUAAAGAAAUCCAUCAGGCUGCUGACUAUCUCAAAGUAGAAGAGGUAGUAACUAAAUGUAAAAUAAAGAUGGAGGAUUUCGCUUUCAUUGCUAGUCCCUCUUCUACAGAAAUAUCUAGUAUUACUGGAAACAUCGAAUUGAAUCAACAGACCUGUCUUCUUACUCUGCGAGAUUAUAACAAUCGGGAGAAAUCAGAAGCUGCCACAGACUCAGUUCAGGCAAACCGUAAACAACGGGCAUUAACAAAGAAAUCGUCUCAAAGUAAAAAGAAGAAAAAGGCUUUCAAUUCCCAGAAACCAGGGCAGAAUAAAGCAGUGCAAUAUCCCAGUGAUGUUUUAGAGAGUGCAUCUGUUGAAUUAUUCCUAGAUACAAAUAAGUUGUCCUCACCUGUAGCAGAGCAAGUCAUUCAAGGAAAUGACAAUUCAGAACUUGAGUUGACCUCAGUUGUGGAAAAUACUUUUCCAGCACAAGAUAUUGUGCAAACCGUUACAGUCAAACGGAAACGUCGAAAAUCACAGUCACAUUGUGCCCUGAAAGAACACUCCAUGUCUAACAUAACCAGUGUAAAGAGUCCAUAUGAGCUGGAGAACUCGGGGGAGGAGCUGGACCCAAGGUAUUCCAAGGCCAAGCCAAUGUGUAACACGUGCGGGAAGGUGUUUUCAGAAGCCAGCAGCCUGCGAAGGCACAUGAGAAUACACAAAGGAGUCAAGCCUUACGUUUGCCACUUGUGUGGAAAGGCGUUUACCCAGUGCAACCAGCUGAAAACACAUGUGAGGACUCAUACAGGGGAAAGGCCAUAUAAAUGUGAACUGUGUGAUAAAGGAUUUGCUCAGAAAUGCCAACUGGUCUUCCAUAGUCGCAUGCAUCAUGGUGAGGAAAAACCCUAUAAAUGUGAUGUGUGCAAUUUACAGUUUGCAACUUCUAGCAAUCUCAAGAUUCAUGCAAGGAAACACAGUGGAGAAAAGCCAUAUGUUUGUGAUAGAUGUGGGCAGAGGUUUGCCCAGGCCAGCACACUGACCUAUCAUGUCCGCAGGCACACUGGAGAAAAGCCUUAUGUGUGUGACACCUGCGGAAAGGCAUUUGCUGUCUCUAGCUCUCUUAUCACUCAUUCUCGGAAACACACAGGUGAAAAACCAUACAUAUGUGGUAUUUGUGGGAAAAGUUUUAUUUCCUCAGGAGAGCUCAACAAACACUUUCGAUCCCAUACAGGAGAACGACCAUUUAUCUGUGAAUUAUGUGGAAAUUCUUACACAGACAUUAAAAACUUAAAGAAGCAUAAAACAAAGGUCCAUUCAGGUACAGAUAAAAAUCCAGAUUGCAGUGUAGAUGACCAUGCUGCUUUAAGUGAACAAGACACCAUACAGAGAAGUCCUCUGUCAGAAACACUAGAUGUGAAGCCUUCUGAUAUGACUCUACCCUUAGCGCUUCCACUUGGGACUGAGGACCACCAUAUGCUUCUCCCUGUCACGGAUAGUCAGUCUCCUACAUCAGACACACUGCUGAGGUCAACUGUGAAUGGAUAUUCGGAACCACAGUUGAUUUUCUUACAACAAUUAUAUUGACUUUGAGGACAUGGAAUUGCUAGGGCAUCCUUAGCACUAAAUGUAAACAUGUCUGGUAAGGUGCAUAUUGAUAUUAACCCCCACUCAUUUGAGCUAUGUGAUCAUUAGUUGUUAUUUACAGAAGUAAAAGCACCUGAUACUGCAUCAGUCAGUGCUUGUUUUGGUUUUUGGCUUUUAUUGUAAACAACCAGCCUGUGAAGGAGCGGCUUCCAGCGCACUGUUUUUUGAGUGGGUAGGUUUUAGACACUGUUAAAGCUGCCUUAAUUCCAUCUUCAUUUUGCAUUGUAGACUUAUUUGUUCCUUAGGUAGAAUCUGACCUGUGGAUUUUUUGUUGCUGUUCUCUCCUCACUGUUUAAACAAAGUCUACAGUAAUAUCAACUUCAAAGUGUUUCUGUUUGUAAGCCCUGUGGACCAGUAUGGAAACUGUCAGAGGGAUUCAAUUUCAUGUUUAUGUCUAUGAAAAUUUAGAUACUAAGGAAGAAUUGUGCUAUUUAUUAAUAUAUUCCUUUAGAGGUAACUUUUCUAAUGAAGCCAAAUGAAGUAUUUCUCUUAAAACCCAGAAAAUGUGUGUAAAUUUUUGUUCAUUGAGAGUGAAUUCAGUAUUCUGGAGAAAACCAGUACUCAGAUCAGUUUUGUUUGAGUUGAAACUAUAUUUUUUUAAAUAGAUAUUUGGUGUUUUUGAGUGGUCAGAAGACAGUUUUGGAAUUUGAUUCAUUUUAUAUUUUAUUAGAUUUGUAGAUUAUUGGAAGUGAAUAUAUAACAAGUUUUCAAAAAUUUUUAUAAACCUAUCUUGUAUCAGUUAUGCACUUUUUAAAAUAAAUGUUCUAAAAAGAAUUUUCUAGAUACAAAAUACAUACUAGAAAUCACUUGGCUUCUAAAUUUGAUAUAUUACUUAGAAAAAUCAAGAAACUUGAGUUGCAUGCCUAAGGCAACACACAUACACACAAAUAGAAUUAAUAUCCUAAAUUCAAUUAUCAGGUAUACUUUUAGAUUAUCAGUUUGUUUACCAUUUUACAUUUGAGUUUUUCACUUCUAUAAAUUAAACUACAACUUUUGGUUGUUGGCUGUAGCUUUGUAGUGGUCCUUUCCAUUGCAGCUGGGUGUAGGGAAUUCAGCAUCACCCCAUCCUCCACGCCUGCUCCCUCUCUUUCCCUCUCACUGUUCUGCAUAUUGAUUGAUUUCACUUUGCCUUGUAAGUUACAGUUUCCCAGCCAGUUCCUGUUUCUGAUAAGUCCUGGUGACUGUUUCUCAUCUCUGCCAUCAAUUAGUUAAGUCUCACUUGUCAGGAUUUAAACUGCACUGAAACAGACUCACAGUGUUCACUGAUACUGAGUUCUUUGAUGAUAAUUCUCCCUGUUAGGGCCCAAGUCACAGAACUAAGAAGACAGAAUAGAAUACUCAGUUCAUACAAACUACAGGUGUCUUCACGUGUCUUAGAGCUAUAGCAUUUUCAUAGUAAAUUACGACCAGUGAGACUGUCCAGACUAUGAAAUACCACCUUUGUAUAAUAAACUUAUUUUAUUAUUUAGCUAAGAAAUCUGUGUGUGUGUUAAAUGAACAUGCCGAGUUUGAAUAAAAUUUGUAAGGUAUAA